UGGAGUGGCGAGCGUUUGGACAUUUCCUCCGCUAUCUCUUCAAUCAACUUUUUUCAAGCUUGAUUUUUUCCAUGAAAACAAGCAUGGGUUUCUCCAAGUUGGUCUCUUUGGUUCUGAUACUUCAUCUCCUUAAUCCAAUAGUCGUUUUUUCAUCGUCUUCAAGCUCUUCCAAUGGGUUGUCUGAAAUCCCUAAAAAGUUUCUCAAUUUCGCUAAACGAAAGGAGCUCGUUGAUUGGAUGGUGGGAAUCAGGAGGAAAAUACACGAGAAUCCUGAAUUGGGGUAUGAGGAAUUUGAGACUAGUAAGUUGAUCAGAUCAGAAUUGGAUAAACUGGGUAUUCCUUAUAAUUACCCUGUUUCAGUCACUGGUGUUGUCGGCUUUGUUGGGACCGGUAAACCCCCUUUUGUUGCUAUAAGGGCAGACAUGGAUGCUCUCCCUAUUCAGGAAGAGGUGGAUUGGGAGCACAAGAGUAAAAUUCCUGGAAAGAUGCAUGCUUGCGGGCACGAUGCUCAUGUUUCCAUGCUUCUUGGUGCUGCAAAAAUACUAAAAGAGCAUUUUGAAGAGUUGAAGGGCACAGUUGUUCUUGUUUUCCAACCGGCAGAGGAAGGCGGUGGAGGGGCAAAGAAGAUGUUAGAUGAAGGUGUGUUAAACAAUGUCGAAGCAAUCUUUGGACUGCAUGUUACGCAUGAGAAUCCGAUCGGAACAGUGGCCUCCAAGUCGGGUUCUUUAUUAGCUGGAAGCGGCAUAUUCAAUGCUGUAAUAAGCGGAAGAGGAGGCCACGCAGCGAUUCCUCAACAUUCGAUUGACCCAAUUUUGGCAGCCUCGAAUGUUAUUGUCAGCCUACAACAUCUUGUGUCGCGCGAAGCUGAUCCAUUAGAUUCCCAGGUGGUGACAGUUGCAAAGUUUCAAGGAGGCAGUGCUUUCAAUGUUAUUCCAGAUUCCGUUACUAUCGGAGGGACCUUCCGAGCAUUUUUGAAAGCGAGUUUAGUACAACUUAAGAACCGGAUCGAGGAGGUUAUCAAAGGGCAAGCUGCCGUGCAAAGGUGCAAUGCAACCAUCGAUUUUCACGAUAAACCGGUACCCUUUUUCCCUCCGACGGUCAAUGAUAAGGAUUUGCACGAGCAUUUCCUGAACGUUGCGGGGGAUAUGCUUGGCAAUGACAAAGUUAAUGACAUGAAACCAUUGAUGGGAUCCGAGGAUUUUGCAUUUUACCAAGAGGCGAUUCCCGAUUUCUUUUUCCUUGGAAUGCAAGAUGAGAGCAGACCAAAGCUCAGCUCAGUCCACACGCCACACUUCAUGAUCAAUGAAGAUGUUCUUCAUUAUGGUGCUGCUCUUCAUGCAUCAUUGGCUACCACCCAUCUCCUUAAAGCAGAGUUGAAACUUCGUUCCACACAAGGCAAUUUACAUGAUGAACUGUGAAGAUUCUUUACUGUUUUAAUGGAGUUACACUUGUAUUGAAGGAUUC